GAACUUAGAGAGGUCAAAAUGGGCGUGUCGUGUUCUCGCUGGACUCUGGUCAUUAUCAACAGUGUAUUUGCUCUGCUAGGCCUGUGUUUAAUCAUCCUCGCCUGUCUCCUCAAAUUUGGAUCCAACAUGGUGGAAAACUACUUCAAGGAUAAACUGACCGGCACGCUCAAUUUCAUAAACUCUUCCGGGUCACGAGGCGAUAUGGCGACCUUUGACCUCGGUGAAUACCUCGGAAUUGUGGUUUACGUCAUGAUCGCUAUAGGCGUGCUGAUCCUCGUCAUCAGUUUAUGUGGUUGUUGUGGGAGUAUCGGGAAAAUCCGAUAUGUGUUGAUUGGCGUGAGAGACGUGAUUCGAGAACCACUUUUAAAAUCUUUACGUGAGGAAUAUAGAGGAAUUAACGGAACUGACGUCAUAACGACCGGAUGGAACUUCUUUAUGAUUGUUUUCAAGUGUUGUGGCGUCGACGACUACCAAGACUUCCAAUCGGCGUCGAAAUGGCAGCGGAGUUUAGCUCCACACAUCGCGUCAGCAGAGGGCAACAACCAGGGGACACAACCCCUGACAACACAACUGCUGACCUCCCCUGUGGCUUGCUGCAAAUGGAUGGGCGUGUUUCCGGAUGUCUCGUUGCCGAUGAAGAAUGAGCUGACAUGCGCACUCGAGCCGAAUAUUGACAAUUCGAAUAUGUAUAAGGGAUGUUUAAACGCCAUACUUGACUACGUGAAAGAAAAUGACCUGUAUAUAAGUAUAGGUGCAGCAGUUCUACUUGUUACUGAGUUACUUAUGCUUAUUGUGGACAUAAGGCUACUAAGGGCACUACGAGAUCGCAAAAGUUCCGUUACUGAGAUCAGCCGAAUGUUCAUAGAAGAGUGACCUUAUAAAUAGCCUAAUGUUUACAGAAGAGUGACCACUACAUAGCCGAAUGUUUUCAGAAGAUCGAUCCCUGCAUAGGCGAAUGCUUAUAGAAGAGAGACGAUUACAUGAGUGAAUAUUUAUAAAGA